AUGAAGCGGAGAUCGGAGAUCGCUGCGUGCGGCGGUAGUUCUCCUUACCUAAUCGACAGUGGUGGUUGCGGUGAUGGUGGGUUCGGUGGUGUGUGUGUAGUGGAGGAGUGGAGUUGUGGUGGUGUUGGGAUUCUCGUCUCCGUCUCGGUGAUGGUGGGUGCGAUGGUAGAUGGUGUUGGUGGCUACGGCGGAUCGACGGCAGUUUUGUUCUUAAAGUCGCACUGCUUGAAAUCGCCACUUCCAAGACUUGGGAAAAAGAGGAAGCCUAUAGUGUUACGCCGAUCUCUCCCUCCCUCUCUGCGUGUGCUCUCAGCAAUUGCCACCGCGAUAUUGCGCUUGACUUUGGGUUACGUUAAGGCGGUGACAAUCGACAUGGGUUUCUUGGUGAAAGUGCAGCCAGAGGAAGAAUUUCCGGAGAAAUUGUUUGGGGCUGUCAGACUUUGUCAAAUGGAGUUGAAUUCUGCAACCUUUGUUGAUAACUUCCCACCGUCAAGGAAAGUUUUGCCCUGCGAAGAUGGAGAUGAAUAG